AUGGAACACAUUUUAGAGGCCGUCCGUAUGAACGCCGAUCGCCUGACUGGUAUGUUCAAACCUAAGAAGCAGGCAUUAUUCGCGCGGCAUGCAGAGAUAUUCGCAAAAAUAGACUUGGAUGAACACGGUAUGCCCAAGUCCGAUGAGACUACGCCGACUGUGACCACUGCUCCUGUUGUUACUUCUACUUUAGCAACCUUUCCUGCGAUCACUACGCCUACUGCGGCAGAAUAUUACGUGGCUACCCCUGCUAUGUCUUACCCUACCUUAGUUGCCCCUACCGUGGUUGCCUCUAACGUGGCUGUUCCUAGUAUGGCUGUACCUGUUGUAGCUACCGGAAAUAUUAUGGGUACAAACUAUUCUCAAAUGGCAAAUUGGCAGAAUGAUAAGGGGGCCGUCGUCUUGGAGAAGGAAAGCAAGAUCAGGACAGCAAACUGCAGAGCUUUGCGACAGCAACAAAGGCAUAUGUUGACAACCAAGAAGCGUAUAGAUCAACAUCGAGCACAGAGGGCUCAGGGGUUUCGCCUUCAUGGACAAGAGGAUGAGACCGAAUCUUCGCAUCCCCAACCAGUGAAUUCGCCGGCUCCCGAACUAAAGCUCGCUCAAGACAUGUCCUUUUAUGAAAACCAAACAUAUAAAGAGAGCCAUGCUUAUGUUCAGGAACGGCUUACAAAUGUUCUUGGUGCAGAGCGAAUGAAGUUCCAGCUGCUCCCUUCCGGCCACAACCCUAUUGAUCCUGUUAUUGCCGAACACAACCAGCGAAAAAUUACUAAUAGUAUACUUGACCAGUGGGAAGCCUACAAGGUCCAGAUGCGUCGGCAGGAGGAGGAGCGAAAGCGCCAAGCCCAUGAAGAAGAGGUCAGGAGAUUUAAAAUACAGACUCUCCUUGAUCACUACCGCCAACUAUACAUUAAUCGCUUGGAACAGCUAGCUCUCUAUGGCCGUGAUCUAGUUAUGGGUAUCGGAUAUAUCGAGGCUGCUCUAAUGGCUGGUGGCCUGUAUGAGGCGGCCAACGUCAUGCAAGACAUGACCCAUCAAGUCCUUCUUCCCAUCCAUACCCUGCUCCAGAAAUUCAACAGAGAGAUACCACUGGAAGAGGUUGGUGCUGAAAAGCUGAAAAGCGUGUGGCCAAUGGAGGGUCUUGUGGCUGUUUUCGAGUUUCUGCGGGGCGAGCCUCAUCUUCCGCCUGAGGCUAUUGAUAUGAUGCAGGGGAUCCAGGUCAUUUGCACAGCGCUCAACAAUCCGACGCCUUUCCAGGACCCACUUGCUCCCAAACUAAAUUUUAACAAUACCUCGAAUUUUACCCCACAGCAAAUUGUCCCUGCAGCGAAGUCCUCUCCAUCUGAAGGACUUUCAGUCAUUGGCGCUGCAUCAGCACCUGCUGGCAGUGGUUUCUCCAAGCUUCUUCCCGCGACUGCUCAAAGUGUCAAGCAAGAACAAAAUAGAGAGCCCGGAUCUACAGGUAGUGGCUUCGCGAAACUCAUUGCUGCGACCUCCGAGAAGUCGAACAGCACCCGAGAAACGAGUUCUGACACUGCUCAAAACGUCCCUCCAAACCCCAUCCCCGAGACCAACCUAUUACCAGCUCACGCAGCCCGAACUGCAGUUCUGCAAUACAUUGCAACCGAAAACCUCUACUUCGAGAGCGAAGUCCAAGACUUGAUUAGGAACAACACUGUCGUGGGCAUCCACCGCCGCCAGGCCUCCGAAUGCCUCAAGGAGCUGAUUGGGCUAGCCAACGGCGAAGAAGGCUUUCUCGGAGACAUGGACGCUGGUAAUUAUAGGAUGCAAAUCGAGACGUGUGUUACCAAGAUUAACACUCUGCCGACCAACCCGCGACUGAACAGGGAUACGCAGGCGCUCAAGAAGUUGUGCGGAAACGCUUUGAAGCUCUGGAGUGUGCAUGCGAAGUAG